GCUAGCCAAGAUAUUACCCAGUGACAGAUUGCUUGGCAGUCACCGUGAAUGAUCACUUCCACUUGCCUUCACUGCAUCCCAGGCAGGGAUUGCUUGUCUGGGUGACUGUGGGGUCAUCGCACAAAGAACUCGCCAUCAUUCCCGAGUCAUUGACCAGUCAUUCAUGGAAUUUGCCGGCUAUAUAUUCUCCUUUUCUGCAACUUGAAGUUUCUUUUUCUUCAUCUUCUAUCCAUUCAUCAAGCAGCAGGAUGUCCCUCAACGCCGCAUCCCUCUUUUCUGUCCAGGGUCUCGUCGCCGUCAUCACCGGUGGUGGAACAGGCCUCGGCCGCACUAUGGCCCUCGCACUCGACGCCAACGGUGCCGCCAAAGUCUUCAUCCUCGGUCGUCGCGAGCAGACCCUACAGGAAACCGCCGCGCAAGCCACCAACAAGACCAUCAUCCCCGUUGCCACUGACAUCAGCUCCCACGCGUCCCUCGAAGCCGCCUACCAGGCCAUCGCGGCGCACACCACUCACAUUGACCUCCUCAUCGGCAACAGUGCCGUGCCCGGAUCUGCUGUCCCCCGCUUCAAUCCCGACGGCUCGCAGCCCACGCUCACCGAGUUCCGCGACCGCCACUUCGCCAAGUCCAUGCCCGAGUUCACCAACGUCUUUGACGUCAACGUUACCGGUAGUUACUACACCAUUCUCGCUCUGCUCCCUCUCCUCGACAAGGCCAACCAUCGCCGUGUGUUGUCGUCCUCUCCCGACGAGCUUGCUCCUCCCCGUCCCCAGGUCAUCCUGAUCUCCUCCAUCGGCGGUAUCCUGCACCACCCGGCCAGUGUCGCAUACGGGCUCUCCAAGGCGGCUGUGUUGCACAUGGUGAAGGUCAUGUCGGCUUUGCUGGCGCCAUACCUCAUCCGCGUCAACGGCAUCGCCCCGGGUCUGUUCUGGACGGAGCUCUCACGUCCGCUAUUCCGCACGUUUGGCAUCAAGGGACGUGGCCUGGCGGAUGGGUCGGUCCCCGCGUCAAAUAUUCCCAUUACUCGCGCUGGGGCACCUCAGGAUCUGGCCGGUCUGGUGCUGUGGAUGGCGAGUGCAUCGGGCGGAUUUCUGAACGGAGAUAGCAUUGUGUACGAUGGGGGCAGGAGUAAGGUGUCGCUGUAGUGUCGUGGUGUUUACAUUAGGGGUGAUUGAUGAGGGACAAGGGGCAUUUUUUUAGCGAAAACUCGCCUUGGGCAGCGCAUGGGCUCGAGUUAACACAUCUCGCUAUUGGAUGUCUGUUUCUGCGAGGCUGAGCUAGACAGCGCCGAUCCAUGAUCUAUCUGUGACUUGAUUACUUCAUACCUUUAUUCCACCUAGACAGCAUUUUUGUUUCUUCCAAUUUAAUUUUUUAGUUUAUAUUAGUUAUUAGGUUUGUUUUUACCGAUAAUGAAGAUGAUCUACG